CAAAUAUGGCGUCCACAGAGUGCUCUUUUUCAAAUGUGGACAUUCAUAGGCUCUGGUCAGUUUUAAUAUAUUUAAAUGGGACUGAUUUGAAUCUCGCAUCUCAACAAUGAAGAACUGUAUACAGGUUCAGACAACAAAUUAACAAAGUGGAGUGUUUAGAUUGAAAUGUCACGAGCUGUUAUUCCACCAAUGUCAAUAUCAAUGGAGGGGACUUCAUCACAACAGACUCUUGAUGUGUUGGAGAAACGUUUGGAGGUAGCAGAGCAAGAUACACAGGACUUAAUUGAAAAAUUAGGCACCAUGGGAUUUGGCAAAAAUAUUCGUCCUGCAGAGAGGGAUGUGAUAGAUCAAAGAGAGGUUAUUUCCCCUUACCAAGCUCAAAUUGUGGAUGUAGAUAUACUGAAGGAUAAUUAUGAAACCCUUGUUUCAAGAGUGUGUAAAACAGAAAGUGUAAUUCAGACACUGAAACUGAAUAUGAUAAAUUUACAUGGUGACAGAGAUUUAAAAAUGAAAAAUUCAGAUGACCAAGAACAAAAAUAUGAUAUGCUGAAAGAGACAUAUGAACAAGAACUUGGAAAAUUAAGACGAAAACUUGACCAGGUGACUGAUGACUUAAAAACAGAGCAUGAGGCCAGACUAAAGUCAAAAGAGGAAAUAAGGUUACUUAAAACAGAGCUGGAAAAUGCAACAGUUUCAAAAGAAACCAUUAGUGCAGCAACUGAUGAGUUGUCAUCCCAGAAGUCUAAGUUUCAGAAGCGUAUUAAUGACAUUCGUGAAGAACUUGAACGUGAAAAAAGUCUGCGACACAGUUUAGAAGAAUCUCAUAACACAUUACUGGCCAGGAUAAGAGAAAUGGAAUCGAUAGUUGAAUCAGAAAGAAAAGAGGUACAGACUUUAUCAAAUGACUGUUCCCAUUUGAGGAAUGAUGCCGUUAAAGUUAGAGAGGAGCUAAGGCAGGAAAAGUCACAGAGGGAAUUAUACGAAUCACAAUUUAAACAGACAAGUCAUGAAAAUGAAAUACUCAGGAAGGACUACGAAUCGGCUGAAUCUGACAGGAAGUUGUUAAUUACGGAGAUGCAGAGGCUGCGAACUCAGUACGAGGAUCUGAUUAAACAGCUGGAACAAACGCAGGUCAUAGUGGACCAACAGAAGUCCAAUAACACCAAGUUAGAACAGGAGAAUGAACAUCUAAACAAAAUCCUUAGUUCUGCAUCAGAAGAGAAGGAGAGGAUGAAAUCCAUGCAUGACAGAGAGCUGGAGGCUGAAAAAAAGAGAGUGAAUGAAAAACAAAAAUUUGAGGAAGACGCUUUGCAGAGUAAACUACGUGUCCAGGAGCUGUCUUCACAAAAUGAAACCCUCAAGAAGAAAUUAGCUCAUUUGGAGAAAGAGUUGCAGAGUUUGAACAAGAAGUAUGUGGCGAAGGAUGAAGAAUACAGCCAGGCAUCAGAAGGGCUGGAGAAGGAACUGAGUACACUUAAACACAAAUACACAAUUCUCAACAAAGAAAAACUCAAACUGACCAAAGAUAAGGAAAACCUGCUGGAAGAGGUAAGUCAGACUGUGGACUCCAUGCAAGAGGAGCGUAACAAGCUGACCAAUGAGAUCCACCAGCUGAAGUCGGAGCUGGAGACCCAGACCAAGCGGCGGAACGCCCUGGAACAGGAGAACGCCACACUGCUAGAGAGGGUCUCACAGUUCGACCAACAGAGGGACUCUCAAAAUCGAGUGGAGAAUGUGAUGAAGGAGAUGAUGGAGCAGAAAAAUAAACUGGCAUACGAGAACGGGCGUCUCCAGACAGAGGUUCAGGAAUUACGGGGUCAAGUGGACAUCCUCAAAACCUCCAGCACGGACUCAGAGCAUCUCAGAGCGAAAAACAGCAGUCUACAGUCUCGAUAUGAUUAUGCUCAGAAGGAAAUAAGUGAUUUGAAGAUUAAUGUUCAGAGAUUAGAGAAUCAGUUACGUACCUCACAAGGCUCCGUGGAAACCAGGGAGAGGGAUUACACGUUUGCUGUAACAACCCGUGACGAGGCACUAAGGGAGAAAACUCAGCUGAUAGAAAAACUUAAAGAGGCAGAAGAAAGGGAAAAGAAAAAGGUGGGCAGUCUUCAGAAGAACUUGGACGAUGCUAAGGCAGUCAAUAAGGAGGUAGCGUCCACUUUGGAGGCAGUCAUGUCCUCCCACUCCCAGCUACAGUCCGUGGUGGAGGGGCUCCAGAAGGACCUCGGGAAAAAGGACUCCCAGAUAGCAAUGCUCAAGUCAGAAAAAAACAAAGAGCAGGAGGAGUGGAAGCAGGAAAUGAGGAAGUUUGAGGACAGAAUGGAGGCCCUCCGAGGGGACCUGAAAAAAGAAAAAGAUAAAUCACAGAAGAAGAAUCUCAGGGACAUAGCCGAGAUAAAGAAACAAAAUGACAACCUGCAGACUCGUAACAUGGAGCUGGUGAAAGCGAACACAGAACUACGACACAAACACUCGGAGACCGAGACUCUGAUACAAAACCUGAAGGACAAGGUGUCAGAACAGAAGAAGAGGAUCGAGUAUCUGAACCGGUCAAAGAAAGACAUGGAGGAUAGCUCCGACAGAUUAAAGCAAAUGAGAGAAGAAAUGGAGGAAUUGGAGAAGCUUAGAGACGAGUACAUCCACAGAAACGCGGAACAGGGCGAGAUGAUAAACAUGUUCAUGACUCAGAUCAGCUCACUCCAGGAGGAGCUUAAACAGCUCGCUCAAGCUCAGCUCAGAACGAACGACCUGGUCAAGCAAAGAGAUGAAGCAAUAGAAAAGGAAAGAAUGCUCAAAGACGAACUCAGGAAAAAGUACAAGAGUUCUUCAGAAACAGAAAAUGGAAGACACAAACACAAAUCUAAGGAAUCCAAGAGACACCAAGAUGAAGUGGAGAAAAUGAGGAGAGAGACAGAGGAAAGACUUCGCCGAGCUCAGAACGAGUCUAUGGAGGUGUCUGGACACCUACAGGACGCACAUGAAUGGUUCAAAACAAAGUUUGAUCUACUGCAGCAGGAAAUUCUAGACUCUAGGAAAACCCAGAAUGUGUUGGAAAAUGAAAAUCAGGCCCAGAAAAAGCAGCUGGAGGUAGAAAGGUGGAAGGCCCACGCAGCCGCGGAGAAGGCGAGAGACAUGAUAAAGGCAUAUCAGGGUGAAAAGAAGCCGAGAAAUGGGACAAGCAGACAGACAAUCAGUCAGUUAGCUAACUAUGCAGAGAUUGCUGACACUGACACAAAACAUCAGCUACUGAAGCUUCAGGCAGAGCUGGAACAGGAGAGAGACCAUGCUAAGUACCUGGAGAUGAAGCACCAGAAAUACAAGGAAGCCAGUGCACGUCAGUUGGAACACCUCCUAAAAGAAUUCCAUUAGCAUUUUGAAUCAUGUAAAAGCCAUCAGAAUUGCUUCCACAGAAAUCUACAAAACCCAGCACUGGAAAAAGUGCAAACCCAGAGCUAAGGCCAGUAGACGCAACCAGUAAAUGGUUCCACAUCAAAAAAGAGACAAGAGACAACUGGUCUUAUCUCCAGAAAAAGCUUAAGUUUCAGGAAUUUGCCAAAACUAGGGAAUUCAUCAAUUACUGCCCUUAUAUUGUUUUUGUGAUUACCGUUGUGUGACUCCAUAUAACUGCCAUUGUCUUUUCCUUUCUAGUCUAGUAUACUUGCAUGUUACAGUGUAUGUUACGACGUGAAUCAUCAGGAAACAUUCCAAAUCACCGAACUGGUGAUGUUAUUGUGCUGGUGUAUAACUGUGAUAUCUAUAUGUGCAGCAAUAUUUAUUUUCUUAAUAUUUAUGUAUUCUGCAUUUUGUGCCGAUUUACCAGUUUUAUUUGAAUUUAAACAUUAUUAAAUUAUUCAGAUAUAUGGUAAUGGUUUACCUGAGUUCAUUUAUAAAUUUUGAAUCAUGAAAUUAUAAAAAUAUCAAGAUAUUUUCUUUUAUAGCAAGUACAAGAUAUCAGUAA